AUGUCCUCAACCAACAUCCCCUUCCUCCAGAAUGUGCUGAGUAAUCACCAGUUUCUACACAGUACAGUGGACACUCAGUUUAUAGACGAGAACCAGGACCUGUUUAUCAUGAAGCCAGUCCAGAACAGAGCACAGAAACUACUGCACUACCUGGGUCAUGUGAUGGUGAACGGACCAACCACACCCAUCCCUGUCAAGGCUAAGCCCUCCUCCAUCGACCCAGUCAUCCCCACUGUACCCAUGGGUGAGCCGCCGGUAGGGUUCCGUGACGUCCUGCUCCGUGAGGGUCCAGAGGGCUUUGCCAAGGCAGUGAGAGCACACCCUGGUCUACUGCUCAUGGACACCACCUUCAGGGACGCCCACCAGUCCCUCCUGGCCACCAGGGUGCGAACUUACGACCUGAAGAAGAUCGCACCCUACGUAUCACAUAGCUUCAGUAACCUGUUCAGUCUGGAGAACUGGGGAGGAGCUACAUUUGACGUAGCGAUGCGUUUUCUCUAUGAGUGUCCCUGGAAGAGACUCCAGGAGCUGAGAACCUUAGUACCCAACAUUCCCUUUCAGAUGCUACUGAGAGGGGCUAACGCUGUAGGCUACACUAACUACCCUGAUAACGCAGUGUUCAAGUUCUGUGAGGUGGCGAAGGAGAAUGGCAUGGAUAUCUUCCGCGUGUUCGACAGUCUCAACUACCUCCCCAACAUGAUGCUGGGCAUGGAGGCUGCAGGCAGGGCAGGAGGUGUGGUAGAGGCUGCUAUCUCCUAUACGGGAGACGUAUCAGACCCCAUGAGACAGAAGUACUCUCUGGAGUACUAUAUUAACCUGUCUGAGGAACUGAUGAGGGCUGGGACACACAUAUUAUGUAUCAAGGACAUGGCCGGUCUGUUGAAGCCGGAGUCUAGUCGUAUCCUGAUCAGUGCCCUGCGGGAUCGUUUUCCUGACGUUCCCAUCCACAUCCACACACAUGACACAGCAGGGGCUGGAGUAGCCUCGAUGUUAGCCUGCGCUGAGGCCGGGGCCGACGUAGUGGAUGUCGCGGUGGACUCCAUGGCAGGGAUGACAUCACAGCCCAGCAUAGGAGCCAUGGUGGCCUGCACCAAAGGAACCAAAUUCAACACUGGUAUUGCCUUAGAGAAGGUGUUUGACUAUAGUGAGUACUGGGAGGUGACUAGAGGGCUGUACGCUCCCUUUGACUGCACUGCUACCAUGAAGUCAGGUAAUGCUGAUGUGUAUGAGAAUGAGAUUCCAGGCGGUCAAUACACCAACCUUCACUUCCAGGCCCACAGCAUGGGGCUGGGCAACAAGUUUAAACAAGUCAAGAAGUCCUACUCAGAGGCUAACAAACUACUGGGGGAUCUGAUCAAGGUGACUCCCAGUUCUAAGAUCGUAGGAGACCUGGCUCAGUUCAUGGUCCAGAACAACCUGACGAGAGCGGAGGUGGAGGAGAGAGCUGCUGAGCUGUCCUUCCCUCUGUCCGUGGUGGAGUUCCUACAAGGACACAUUGGGAUUCCGCACGGAGGCUUCCCCGAGCCAUUCAGGACUAAGGUUCUAAAAUCCCUUCCCCGUAUCGAGGGACGUCCCGGCGCCACCCUUCCCCCCCUGGACUUCGAUGCCCUGGAGGCGGGGCUGCGUUCGUCGCACGGUGAUGACAUCACAGCGGAGGAUGUGAUGUCAGCGGCCAUGUAUCCCAAGGUGUUCCAGGAGUACAAGGAGUUCACAGGGAGCUUCGGUCCCGUCGACUGCCUCAGCACACGACUUUUCUUGGACGGGCCCAAGAUAGCAGAGGAGUUUCAGGUGGAGAUAGAGAGAGGGAAGAUUUUACACAUCAAGGCCCUGGCGGUGGGAGACCUGAAUAAGACCGGUCAGAGAGGAGUGUUCUUUGAGCUCAACGGUCAACUGCGGUCAGUCCUGGUCAAAGAUAAUGUGGCCUCGAAGGAGAUGAAGUUCCAUCCUAAGGCUCUGAAGUCCGUCCGGGGUCAUGUGGGGGCACCCAUGCCUGGAAAGGUCAUCGAGGUCAAAGUUGAGCCUGGUCAGAAGGUGGAGAAGGGUCAGCCACUUUGUGUUGUGUCAGCUAUGAAGAUGGAGACUGUGGUCAACUCUCCACUGACUGGGGUUGUCGCAUUGAUUCAUGUGAACACUGAUACUUGUUUGGAAGGAGAUGAUUUGAUAUUGGAGAUCACUGCAGAAGAGUAGAGAGAGAGAGAGAGAGAGAGAGAGAGAGAGAGAGAGCGAGAGAGAGAGAGAGAGAGAGAGAGAGAGAGAGAGAGAGAGAGAGAGAGAGAGAGAGAGAGAGAGAGAGAGAGAGAAUUUAUUUUAGCAGAGUAAUUAUUCGUUGGUGAAUUAAUUAUCUUUACUAAUGAUGUUUAAAUUAGCAGCACUAACGUGGUGACUCUGGGGACUAGCGUGUACUUAGCUGUUGACAUUCUCCUGUGUGUGUGUUUGUCACCGGCUGCAAGCUUGUUUUAAUGUUUUAAUGUUGACUCUAGUGGAGCAGAAAACCUAUUCUAGAGGCUUUGAAAUAUUAAUGGUAACAUUUUGUUAGCCGCUGCCUGACGCUAUGCACACACACACUCGCAAAGCAUCGUGGGACAGUUGUCAUGGCACAGUUGUCAUGGCAAUGUCACCGUCGUCAUCUCACACAUUCUAGAAUAGAAUGAAGCUAUCAAGUCAGGUUGUUAUGAUCAUUUUACAUUUAUGUUCUGUUUAUGUAAAUUAGAUGAUUAGAUUUCUAAUUUAGUUUUUGACUGUUUUGAUCGUUUUCCAUUGUGGCUUAGUAAGGUAGUCUGUAUCUACUGUAGAAGUUGAAUAUUGCUUUAAUUUAAAAUGUUUAACAUGUUUUUCAAGCAACAACUAAAUGUUUUAUUUCAAUGAGAUGACUUUGAAAAUGAAAAUGUCUGAAUUAUAUGAGUACUACUUUACAAUCAAGCCAAACCCAACACAGAUUCCCUCCCUCUACCUUUCCACCCCAUGCCUCCCUCCCUCCC